GCUUAGUUCGUUUAGGAAAUGGCGGAUAUUUAGAAGUUUUCAAAGAAAAACAAUCUUCAGAACAGGCGUGAUGAAUACUCCCGGAAAAACGCAGAGCUCUAAUUGUUGGCAACAACCUUUUGUCAAUGUCUUUCAUCACUGUAGUGUGCGUUCCUGGAAAAAAGCUACAAAGACUGGAGAUGUCAAAUCUAUUCUGGAUAAAUCAUUAAAGUCACAUGUGUACAGAAUCAGUGGAACUCCUUCUGGUUCAAAUUAUAUCCAGCUCCCAAAGACAGUGACACAGUCAUUAGGGUAUACAGGCAGAAACUUGUAUCUGUUGUUCAGACCUCAACCAGGGAAAUAUUUCACAUUUCACGUGGAUGUUAUAAGCACAGAUGGCUUGUCAACUCGGAUCUCAAUUUCUAACCUCUACCGGGACGUAACAUCAGGAGCCGCAUGGAUACAGUUUCCAUUUGUGUGUAAAUCAUCAAUGAAUUCCAUCCAUGAAGCUUCAGUCACAACCUACAAGCAUGAUCUCCCUGGGCCUGCUCCCCCUGCCUCUCUGUGGACAGUUCUGCAGCUUGACAUGCAAGCUGCCAUGUCCAAUUAUAUGCACAGACAUUUCUCACAUGUCAAGUGCAUGCGGCUGUGCGCCAGUAUGCUUGUAAAGAAUAUCAUCACGUCUGAUAAGGUGUUCUCUCCAGAUUCUGUGAAGAACGAGGUGGGUGAUUUAGCGAUCUACCCGCUUCCCAGGGUGAUGCGGUUUCCUCUAGAGAAGGGAGAAAGUUGGCAAGAUUGUUACGCUUAUAUUCGGAUACCGUAUGGAGUCAAUGUACCACAGAGCCUCAGUAUUAAUACAUUAAAGAGUAGUAUAAAAAGAUCACCGACCACCAAAGCUAAAGCUAGAAUGUUGAACAGAGUAAUGAGUGGUCCACCACAUGUGGUUAACAAGCCUGUAGAGGCAGCUUUCACCAAAACACUACAAAUUCACCAAGAAGCCGAUUGCAGUGAAGGACAGCUGUGUGGUGAUCUCACGUCUACAACAUCUGCACCGCUGAAAUGCAGCACUGCUCGUCACCGUGGCAACUGCAGUGUUAUGUCUGACAGGCGCGGGGAUGUGCACAUCUAUGCAUCUCGUGGCGAUCGGAUCACCACGCACAGAACGAAGUCGCAGGAGGAAGUGAUCGUUGGCGAAACACUUCCGGCACGGCUUUCGUUUACCGGGGUGGUCGAACACGAUCCGCUCUUGAAACUGCACCGAGUGGUGGGCUUCAGUACGGACCAGGCCUGCAUCACUGCGGAUGGCAAGCACAUCGUUUAUCCCGCGCAUGCGAUCAUCGUCGCAGUCAGCGUCGAGACGGGUCAACAGCGAUUCUUCACCGGCCACACAAACAGGGUCUCUGGCCUGGCGCUGCGCUCCAGCCCUUCCCCGCUGCUUGCAUCCGGAGAAGUCGGCAAGCGAGCGCUGGUGAGACUGUGGGAGUUCGAAUCGGGACGCUGCGUUGCCGUGGCAAAGGCCCACCACCAGGGACCACUGCUGCUUGAGUUCUCCGCGUGCGGACGGAUGCUGUGCGGCGUGGGCCGAGACGCCAGGGGGCAGCACCUGCUGGUGAUGUGGAGUGUUGUGAAUGCUGAGAGGGGCGUCGUCGAUACUCUUGCCAGAGGCCACACGGACGUCGACAUAGCCGCAAUGAGCAUGGACCCGGUCGAUUCCACGCGCUUCGUCACGGGUGGCAAGGGCAACCUGCAGCUGUGGAGGGUGCGAGACGGCACCCUGAGGAGUUGCAGUGUGAACAUGAGAGACUACGCGGGCGUGGUCGUCACGGACGUCUGCUACCGGUCGGCGCCUGACGGCGGCGACACGCUCGUGUGCGCGAGCAGCAAUCUCGGCUUCGUUUUCGACGUCAAUCCGAACACGGCGUCCGUCGCGAGAGCGAUGCCGCUGCUUCCCGACGUCGGGGAACUGCCCGACGACAAAUCUGGCGUGACGAGGAAGGGUGGCGUCCUGAUCAACGGGAUCGCCGCGAGCCACGGGCGCUGCGCGACUGCGUCGGAAGACGGCGCGUUGCGCGUGUGGUCGCGCGACUUCGCCAGCGUGUUGCUAGAGGCGGAGCACGCUAGCCCCGCGCGCGCGGUGCGCUGGAGCGACGACGGCGCAGCGGUGGUUGUGACGACGCGCGACGGCAGCAUCGCGGCGGUCGACGUCAACACGGAGACGUACACGACGCUGAUGCGCUCGCACACUGACGAGGUGUCGUCGAUGGAUGUCGACGCGAGCGGGGAGUACCUCGCGACGGUGGCCGACGACGGCACGGUGAGAGUGUGGGCGCUCGCGACCAGCCGGCAGCUGUACGACUUCAGCGUUGACGGCGAGGUGCCGUGCAACGUCUCGUUCCAUCCGUCGAAGGCCGAGUUUGCCUGCGGAUUUCUGUCGGGAAGAGUGACGGUGUUCAGCGUGUCGGACGCUAGAGCCGUGUCUGAACUGAAGCAGCUUCGUGGCCAGGUGAUAGGUCUCGCGUUCUGCCCGAGCACGGAAGGAAGCGUCUGCUACUGUGACCAGUUCGGAAGCCUUGUGCUCUAUCACUCGUCGGGUGGCACGUACCGGCUGGUUCGUUCCCUUCCCAACAUGGUGUGUAGGAAUACGGACCUGUCUCCGAGCGUCCUUGCCGUGUGCCAGAGUGGACAGUAUGUCGCGUGCAUCGGUCCCAGCGAAUACCUUGUGACAAUCAUGGACACAGCUAUGUUGAAUGAGAUCCUGCGAUUAGACGUUAAUGCCACGAUGCUCUCUGACACCCCCUAUCCCACGCUCGACACUGCAGUUCGAGUGUCCUUUAUUGGUAGUCAGGAAAGCAAAGAGGUGUUAGUAGCGACAUCUUGUGGUAGGCUGCUAAAGUUCGAUUCCACGAGUGGGAAGUUGACUGCGCAGAGGCAGGAUAUCCAUGCAGGACCUUGCUCUGCACUGACAGCAUCUACAAGCGGAAGACUAAUCAUUACUGCUGGUGACAACAUCAUCAAGGUGUGGCCUUCGUCACUGAGAAUGGACGUGGCACCACAGCUCUUCACGGGACAUUCCUCCCCAGUGACGGCUCUACACUGCACAGCUGACGGCGGUAAACUGCUCUCGACAGGGGACACUAUUUUCGUGUGGGACAUGCACACCACCAGCAGAUCACCAAACUGUGUGGGAGUCCCACCCACAGACCUGCUGAGCGACCAGCGACAGCGUUUGGUGGCCCGAGAAGAGGACGAGGCAGCAUGUGAUGUUCCUGACUAUUCUUCAGUGCUAGCAGACAUGAGCAGCGUCUCAGCAAUCAAGCUAGACAGCACAGCUACUGAAGUGCCAGUAAAACCUGAAGAUCCAGUGUGCUUGUCACCCAUCGCAGAAGAAGUAACAAGACGGCACUCGCUUAGAGUAAACAGCUGUGCAGAAAACGCUGCCAGGGACUUGAUGGGUGAUGAUUGCAGUGGUGGUGCGACCAGCUCUCCACCUCCAGCGUUGGAUCACACACACAAACCAAAUGCCAAACGACACUUCUUUACAUAUGGGAGCAACUCGCCUCUCGCUCAGAGAAGAUAUACAGCUCUCGAAAAUGAAGCAGGCUUAAAGCUCGACAAUGUCAUUGGCUACAAUGGCAAUGGCCGAAACAAUAUGGUGUGGAACCCUACGUCCGGUCUGUUUGCAUACACUAGCGGUUGUAUUGUGGUGGUGGAAAACCUACAUGAUGGCCAGCAGCGCCAUCUACUCCAUCAUGAAGAAGAGAUUUCAACACUUGCGCUGCAACAUGACUCAUCUCUACUGGCUUCAGCAUCAGGCUCGGAUCACCCGGCUGCCUGCUGCCAGAUCUAUGUAUGGGACACGCAAACGUUCUCCUGUAAAGUCACGCUGUCUCAACACAAACACAACGUAGUGUGCAUGGAUUUUUCACGCGAUGCUCGGUUUUUCAUAGCUGCUGGUGAUUACCGUGAACCAAGGAUCGUCAUUUGGAGCACGUACGACUGGACUGUCACCGUGACAACAAUUGCCUCGUUUCCUAUUCACCAGCUGUGCUGGGACAUGUACCACAAUGCAGAGUUUGUCACGGUGGGUGAAGAAGGCAAGGUAUGCUUCUGGAUGCUGGAGGAGAAUGAAUCCACGCCUCAACAUGGCCAGCUGUGCCUGCAUGAACCAGAAAUACCAGAAGAACUGCUAUACGAUCAGGCAGGACUUGCAGUUAAUUUUACUGCUGCAUGUUAUACCGGAAAGAAUACUCUAUUCCUGGGUACAAGCAAUGGAAAACUAUCACUAUGGGAUACCAGCAGCAAUACCUGUACAGCUCAUUGGACUGCCAGCAGUUCUGAAAUAGGCGUCAUCGCUGGGCGAGGCAAUAAUUUUGUCAUCGGCAAUCAAGAAGGAGUGAAACUCUGGAAUGUUGCUAGUUUGGUAGGCCCGCAGGAGCUAGGUAGCGCAGUGCCAGGGCAGAUGACAUCAGGAGCCUCUCUACAGGGAGAAAUGGAACUAGAUGGUUAUGUGACUUCUGUUGCAUUUGAAGAAAACUUAAACAUGGGAAUCGUUGGUACUGCAUCAGGAACUCUUUGGUACAUGAAUUUCUCAGAGCACACAAGCUUGCAGCUUGUCAGUGGACAUGGGAGCAUGGUAACGAAUAUGGCGUGCCUAGGGACGGAUCACUUGGUCACAUCGUGUGAUGAUGGCAGCCUCAGAGUUUGGCUACUAGCUUCUCGGGAGCUUGUCAUGCAGUUCAAGACAACUUUUCAGAGCUGUGACUGCCUAGCAGCGAGUCCGGUAGAUUUGGAUACAGUGCUAAUGAGACCAGUCGGUGACAAGAUAAAGACAGGGUUUCCCCUGGUGGUGGCUGGCUACACGGAUGGCAGCAUAAGACUAUUUGAUCUGAACAAAACCAAAAUGCUGAGGAAGACGAUACCACACAAAGCGGCAAUCACUGCUAUCACAUUCUCGGACGACGGUCAGGUUAUUGUGUCGGGAACGUGUACAGGUCAUCUGGCUGUGAGCAGUGCUGUGACGGGGCAUGUGAUUCGCACAAUCAGUGACCAUCAUGGUGCUUCCAUCACUGACAUUAGAUGCAGUCCUGCUCAGAAGAACUCGGUAGAAUUUGGCGAGUACCCAUCUCUGUGGCUUGCUGCCAGUAAUGAUCAGCGUGUCAGUGUGUGGGCAGCAGACUGGUCUCUCUCUGAAUGUGAGCUCCUUGAUUGGUUGACCUUUCCAUCGCUACCAGAGACAGAAAACAAGGAUCUUGGACGGAUACCAAGCUUGGCUUGUUUUAACCCUGUCGAUCCUUCUGUGAUCUUCUAUGUGGGCUAUGGAUUACAGAAGGCAAUUCAAAUGUACUGCUUGAGGCGGCAACAGGUUCUGAAAAGCAUACCAUUGUUGGAGUGGGCAUGCUGUUUAGACUUGUCUCCAGAUGGCAGCUUCAUGGUGGUAGGAACGAUUGGUAGGCUAGUGAAGUUAGUUGACCUCGCUGAGGAGAGCUUUCAAGACUUCCCUGCGCACAGUCAUAGCGUUCAGUGCGUUCGUUUCACACAGGAUGGCGCUAGCGUCGCCACAGCAGCUGGAGGCGAGCUUUAUGUAUGGAGUGUGCAUGUAACAUAACGUGUGUACGUUUGUGAGCAUAGGACGUGGCAAUAUGCGCUCUCCUUCCAUAGUGUACGGACGUGACGACAAAUGGGUUCAUGCGAACCAGCAAUGUGAAUUUUAACUACCUAAAAACACUGCAGUGACCAGUGACCUACUUUGUGGUGUGUCACAUAGAUCAAGAUAGUCAAGUAAAGUUUUAAAGUAAGGGAAGCGAGUCUUGCUUACAGUGCUGUGCUUUCUGGUUUUAAAUAAUAUGAUUGUUUAUUCAUGACUCCCUUGAUCUCAUUUUAGCAUAUCCAUAAUUUAAUCUAAAAUGCUUACAGUGCUGUGGUCUCUGGUUUUAAAUAAUAUGAUUGUUUAUUCAUGACUCCCUUGAUCUCAUUUUAGCAUAUCCAUAAUUUAAUCUAAAUGCUUCUUUCUCUAUGCUUGUGUAACAAGACGAAUAUAACGCAAGAUAUGUUAUGAUAUUUAAAUGUUAAUAAAACCAGGUUUAAAAAAGACAUAUAAA